AUGGCGGCAAGGAAGAACGAUGGUCAUCGUGAAGCUCAAAGAUCUCUCCCCAUGAUGAGAUCUACUCCUAGUGAAGUGGUGGCUAUGACCUGCAAUCGUAGAGCUAUGGCUCUGAUUCCCACCUCAGCUCCUAUUCCCUUGUCUCUUACUCCUGAUGAAAGUGAUGUCUUCACUCUUCCUGAUAUUCCUGAUGAUUCUCACCCCUCCAUUAAUCUUCUCCUGCGUCUGUUUACCAUUCGUCCCUUUAAUCGUCCCUCCCUCAUGAAAACACUUUCGCAAAUGUGGACCUCUCAGUGUCGAUUUCCCGUUGUUGUCUCUGAACACUCAGAGGGAUUGUUUCUUGUUACGUUUGGUUGCGAGGGUGAUAAGAAGAGAAUCCUUGAUGGGCAGCCUUGGCACUUUGCUCAAAGCCUGAUUGUAUUUGCAUCUCCAGAUCAUUCCUUUCCUGUUACUGCUGACCUUCUACAUUAUAUCCCUUUCUGGGUGCAAGUGUAUGGCAUCCCAUUUCGCUAUAAGUCAUAUGAUCUUGCCAAGCUUAUAGCUUCGGGUUUGGGAGAUCUUAUCCAAAUUGAUGAGGAUACCAUUAAGGAAGGCACUGGGCCUUAUCUAAGGGGUAGAUUUCUUUUGGAUGUUAAUAAACCACUUAGGAGGGGUAUUAACAUUCGUUUCCUUAAGAUGGGUAGGGAAUUUACCAAAUGGUUGGACUUUAAAUAUGAAAUACUUCCUGAUUUCUGCUUUUACUGUGGUAAGCUUGAUCAUACCAGAAGGUUUUGUCAAGCUUAUUUGCAAAAAUGUGAUGAAAAUCCUGUUCCACCUCCUAGCCCUUAUACCAUCCUUCUUAGGGGGAAAGAAAAAUCUAUGGAUAAGUCUGGUCCUUUUGACUAUCCUCACCCUCCUGCAUUAUCCAUCUCUGAAUUACCACCGCAAUCUAUUCCUCCUAACCAGGGGUUGCUAAACCCGUUCUUGGCCCAAUCAUAUACUUUCACUGGUUUGUUGAAUUCUACCAUAGGGCCUAGUUCGUUUUAG